UUGGCAAUCUCCAACCUUAAUCCAAAAUGGCAACGGACAGUCCCCAGCUGAAGAAAAUCAUCCUCCUAACCGCCGACGAGCAGGAAUUCGAACUGGAAGAAGCUGUAGCGAUGGAAUUCGGCAUCGUCAAGACGUUCUUCGAAGACAAUCUGGACACCUGUGAUGAGCCCAUGCCACUCCCGAACGUCGAAUCCAAGUACCUCUCGAAGAUCAUCGAAUACAGCAAGUGGCAUUUGGUUCGUAAAGCUCAAAAACCCCGGAAACCGCGGAAGACCAUAAACUUGGGGUCCGAAGACGAAGAAGACGAGGAAGCCAAGGCGUUCGAUCAAGAGUUUUUCAAUACGCUAGACAACGAGGGAGUGUGGCAGAUGAUGUUGGCUGCCAAUUAUCUGGACGCGAAAGAACUGCUGGAAAUGCUGACGCAAGCGGUGGCGGAUAAGAUCCAGAACAAGAGCGUGGAGUAUGUACGGAGGUUUUUCGGGGUGGAGAACGAUUAUACGCCGGAGGAAGAGGCUGAGCUUCGUAAAAAGUAUGAAUGGGCCUUCGAAGAUGUGGAUCCUGACGAUGAUAUCUGA